AAAUGUGGACCUGAUAACAAAUGUGAAUGCAAGCAAAUAAACAAAAUGUCUUCUGAAAUGAAUUGUGAAGCGACCCAUGUUAAACUGAAAGAUAUGUGUGACAGCAUCUCACAGAAACAUAACGAUAUAACUAUACUAAACGCCGGGCGAAACAAUAUCGGGAUACCUAAAGCUAACGAUACAACUGGGUGUAGAAAUGUUUCUAGUUUGAAUCUGAAAUACAACCAGAUAUCACACCUUGAAAAGGAUGUUUUCAGUCCAUUCGCUAACUUAGUCAGUGCUGCAAUAGCUUUGACGAUUGUCCUGAUCGCAGUAUUGUAUAAAAAUCGUUGGAAGAUACGAUACUGGUACUACAUGACAAGAAGAAAACAUUUUGGAUACCAACGGCUUAAUAACGAAAAUGAGGAAGACCAGUAUAUGUAUGAUGCUUUUAUUUCUUAUGCUGAUGAGGAUGGAGAGUUUAUUCGAGAGGAUAUAAUGCCGAAACUUGAAGAAAAUGGAAUGAAACUCUGUGUUCACCAAAGAGAUUUUCUGCCCGGUAUUCCGAUCGCCGACAAUAUUGUUGAUGCGAUUCAAAACAGUAGGAAAACCUUAGUGGUUAUAUCCAGGCCAUUUAUUAAGGGAAAGUGGUGUAUGUAUGAAUUCAAUAUGGCUAGAAUGGAAACGAUGAACAAGCGCCCUGAGGCUGGUUGCUUAGUUGUUGUACUUCUGGAAGUGGUGCCAGCUAGGGAUAUGCCGCUAGAGCUUUUGGAAUGGAUCAAGGUACAUUCGUAUAUUGAAUACACCAAUGAUGUCGAAGGUGGGCUCCUGUUUUGGGACAAAUUGAUGGCAGCAGUGAGAAAUUGAUCUCAAACAUGAAGUUUAAACUUCACAACGAUUAUGAAGAUGGUUACUUAAACUUAUGCAUGCAUGGGUGUGUUUUCACGGAGGUUUUUCUUAACCAAAAAUAAAAACGUGUAGGUAAAGGUUUAGGGCGAGCCUUAUUUGGAAUAAAAGAAAUGUUUACACUUUUUGAUAUUGUUUUUCUGUUUUAGG